AUUUACAAAUAUAUUUUUCGCACUUCAUACACUUACCACCACAAACAACUGGUAGAGCCGACGCGGCGACAACCCCCAGAAAUCUACCAAAAUGCCAACACUACAGAUAUUCACUAAUGUCAAAGAAGGUGAAUUUCCCGAUGGCUUCUUUGCAGGUCUGAGUUCUGUAUUUCAGAAAGCAAUUGGAAAGCCAGAAAAGUAUAUCUGUAUACAUGUCGUGCCCAACCAAAUGAUGAGUUUUGGCGGAUCAACAGAGCCAUGUGCCAUUGCCAACGUGACUAGUAUAGGCAAACUAGGAGUGGAAGAGAAUAAGGUCCUUACACAGGUUAUUACUACUGAAAUGCUCAAGAUUGGUGUGAAUGCAGAUCGGAUGUAUGUAGUGUUCAGGGAUGCUGCACGACAGGAUAUAGGAUGGAACAAUACUACCUUUGCAUCAUGAAAUAAAAAUAUCCUUUUUCAUUUCAUAUUGACUUUUAGCAUGAUCUGUGAUAUAACUAUGUCUCAAGAUAUUUUAAUUCUUUCCCGAAUUGCAUUUGACUAUAUGUCUGCCAAAGGAAUAAAAAAAAAGUUCCCGAAAACUUUUACUAACUGUCACAUAAUAAGCUGUUGACAUAAUAUUUCAUGUUGAGAUGACACCAUCUUGUUUUGUAAUUGCUCUGCAUUGAUCAAGAUUGACUUAUAAAAAUUACUUCAUAAUGCUUACAAGGUAUUUACAUAAUUAUGGAAAUCUUGGUUCAUCCAGGUUAAUAGACUCUUGCAAGACAAACAUUUUAUCAAGUCAAUCGUAUGUGAAAUUUAAGUGGAGAAAGGGUUUUGCUUUUGAUCUAGGGAAUCGUUGCAUAAAAUUGGCUGUAAUAGUAACUUUGCUAUUUAUAGUAAUUCCUCAUGGAAUACUGGCUUGUGAUUGGCUGUUGAGCAACAUGCCAUGCUUAGCAGCGAUCAAAAUCUAGAAUUCUAUGAAGAGUUUUAGCAAAGUUACUAUUAUAGUAAGUUUUAUGCAACAGGUCCCUGGGCGCUUAUUCAAUUUCCUGACUCUGAUAUGCUGAAGAAGGAUUCAGUACCAGAUGAGAUACUGCCCUCCAAAUUUCAGUUGACUCAAUUAUUUGCAGUAUGUUACUUAGACAAAAUGUGCUGUGACAAGGAUUGAUUUGUGCACAUAGAAAUGCUAUGAUCUAGUGACUUGUCAUUUGUGUACUGGACCCCAAAACACGAAACGCCUUUGGGAUGGAAUGGAAAAAUGAAAGAAAACUCUUCAUGGUUUAUGACACAACGAAAUUUAGACAAACCGUUUUGGAGCCUGCUUUUGUUACUUUAUAAUAUCAGGUUUUUCCUUAAGUAUCCUUUAGUAUUAUAAAAGACUGUCACACUUUUAUGAUGAUGAUAUUGAUGAUAUGAUGAUGAAGUUCAUUAUUUUGGUCAUUUGUGUUCAGUGUGAAUACAUGCAUGUAGGCCUAUUUUUAUUUGCAUGCAAUAACUAAAAUGAAAUUGAAAGUUUGAUUCACAAAUUUUUAUUGCAGUUCUAAAUAAUUAAAUAUAUUAUGACAAGGAGUACAGUUUAUGAUAAGGAGGUUUAUAGUUAGGAUGGAGAAGAAACUAGUUUUGAUGGACUACUGAUUUAAACUUGCCUGGGUAGUGUCUUCCCUCUUUUAAAAGUACUCUUUAUUGUUGUUUCAUCAAAGAAAAGAAAUUGCUAUUUUAGAAUCAUGUGUUUAUUUAUUUUUUAAUCCAUAAUAUUACUAUGUCUACAUGAUAUAAUGAAAUUCUGUGAAAAAUGCAGAUUGGACUUUCCAAAUACAUACACCAACAAAGUCUGGGUGCAGUCGUACAAAGUGUCAAAAUAUCAAAUUCAAAUAGAAGUUAAUCUAAAUUCCCAUUGAUGAUUUGAGUUAAAUCCUAUUUUGAGUUUGAUUCGAAUUUAUCACAUAUGUUUGUAAGACAGGUGUGCUUUACAUGUAUAUACAUGUAUUGAUGACUUGCCUUUAUUAUGUUUCUCGUGAAUACAUCCAAAGAAGUUUGUUGCAAAAUAAUGUGGAAAAUAAUGUGUAAUAAAUGUAUGAAUUACAAUUA